AUGUGCACCACCACCGUCACCAUCACUGAUGCCAACGGGGUUUCAAAUUCGCCAUCCGAGGACGCCUCAAUCUCCUUCGUCAAGAAGAUUCCGGCCCGGGAGCUCCAUCGCUUCCGACCAACCAGUUGCCAUUUCUCGCUGCUGCACCUGCCUUCUCGGCUUCCCCUCCGAUACUACUGGGAGGCGGCAACUUCCCGGCUGGCUGAAAGAGAUGUGGUCGUAAGCACCGACAGUUUCUUUUACAGCCCAGUGUUUGAACUCGAGGCUAACCAGAGGCGUAACAAGCAGCGAUGGCUAGAGCCAAAAGCGUUGAGCUGCCGGUGGCACUUCGAGCAAGGGGUGCAGAAACAUCGAGGGCGCAGGAUAUGGAGGGGAAAAUGCAUCUUGUGUGAAUGGGCAAGAACAUGUUCAUUAUCGUCGCACCGCGUUGCCAACCUCGCUAUGUCGCCCCCGCCUAGCGCCGCAGAUUACCCAGCCCACCAAUCACGAGCUGUCACAGGACCCACUUUCAACGACAUCUGA